ACUCCAAUAUAAAUCCUCCGUUAGUCUUCUUCGAGCGCCGCUUUAGCACUUAAAGUUGAACGUUCAUUCGAAAAACUUUCAUGUUUCUUCUCGUAUUUUUCCAAGCGACACAGCGCUGCGCUUCCAAAGUACGGUCCUAACUUGUAACACUUUGUGCCUUCGUGUUUGCUUUCGACAAAAAGGGUCGUUGAGUAUUUUGAAUCCAUUUAAUGUACAUAUAAUGCAAUCACAUAAUUUACGCCAAAUUGAAUUUUGCAAUGUUGAAUCAUAUAGCCUACCUAAAUUGAAAAUAAGUAAAGUAUCUGUAGCGAAGUAAGGUUUAAAGAUAAGUUUAUUUAUUACUCAGAUCGGCUUCAGAGGUUCUGUUAGUAAGUGAAGCUAGAAUAUCAGUUGUGAAUGCUGGAAAUAUGAUGGCAACUCUUGACCUAUAUACAUAAAUAUGUACCUUCGUACACGAUGUACUGUAAAAAGUUAGGUUAUAAGUGCACCCUAGUCCACGUAAAGGAGUAAAUAUAAUAAUUAACUGGAGAAAAUGGUGUCAAAAUACAUAAACAGUAACACCGUGACUAUACGGACUUCAGUUUUAUUAAAUUACUGUGCUUCGCUUCCACAAUUUAAAUCGUAAUCACAUAACCUAUAAAGUGUGAACGUGAUACAACCAACAACUUAAUGAAAUUAUUACUUAAACUGUGCCUGAGGUUCUAGAAAGCGUAUAUUGAAACUGUAUUUUAUACAAUAUGCUAAAAAUCUCAAUCUCAAUUCACAAGACAAAAGUCUUGCAUUAAUUUCACCACAUACGGAUCUCGUAGUGGCAAAAAUGAAAACAUAUUGUGAAAGGCUUACCGGUUUUAAAACAUAUUAAUAAUUAAAUAUCAGAAGUGUUAAUGUGCUCAAUUUCAAGAUAGCAAAAUUAUCAUUUUUAUGUAAGCAAAAACUGCUACAUACGUGCUACGAAGACUAUUACAUUAAUAUCCGUAGUAAACUGCUACGAGAGAGCUACGAAAAUUUAAUUUGUUAUUUUAUGUGUGCUACGCGGAGAAGUUAAUACUAUGUUAUAUCUGUAUGAUAUUAUUUUCGAGUUUUCUAGAAUGUUUGUUAGAUUUUGCAAGGUUUUGACAUUAUAUGUCAAUUGGAAUGGCACUUUGACACAUAACCUAAACAUGUAAAGGUUACAAUACGUCUUUCAAUAUUUCACUUUUGUUUCUAUCCGGUGAAUGUCUGUGUGAGCUUGAGAUAACAGUGAACUACGGUGUUUGUAUAUCAAAAGCAAAUCAUGUGUAAAAUUCGUAAAAGCUUUGUGCUACGCGCGCUACGACGAUCCAUCAAACGCGUAGACGUGGCUACGACAUUACUAUUAUUAAACCAGGAAAUUGAUCGCAUCAACCAAAUGGACGAUGAUGAAGAGUUAACUCCAUUUGUAGAGGAAUUUUCUCGAUGGAUGGCUCGGGAUCCUUACGUUCCCUUAAAAUAUGGACAAGAAGCUAUUCGAGAACCUGCUGAACUUGCCUACGUGCCGGAGGCCAUGACACCAACUCCAGAAGAGGUACACCCCGUGCCACCACCAAGGGAAAUCGUGUCACCUGAACCUAUCUCAGCACCUCAAGUGGAAGCCCGGAACCAAGUGUCGUCGACGGUGGCACCUGCAAAAAUCGAAAAUGAAGAAAAUAAAAAGACGUUCGCACUGACACCUCUCGAUAAAGAAUACUACGAACCCGAAGACAAAAUAGAAACACAAAAAUCGGAUGGACCUCAUGAAGGUGGUGAGUCGCCAGCUCCGCAAGCGAUGAGCUUGGUGGCUUUCCAGCCUCCACGUCAGAUACGGCAAAAUCCGAACCUGGGUAGAACGAAAAACCUGGUCGCUGAGAACUUGGACCGUCUUCGAGUUGGCGUCACUCAAGAGAAUCCUGAUGGCACCGAUAAACCUCGUCACAUCCAUGUGCUGGAGUCUGCAUCCGACCCAGCUGACUCGAUCUACGGAAUCGCUCUAAUUGCUGCAGUAGGCACCGCUCUUACUAUGGCUAUUAUCGGAUUUGCGUUCGGCUGGUACACACUAAGUAAGAAAGCUAAGGCUGCCGCUGACGUGGACUACCCUGCAUACGGAGUGACUGGACCUAACAUUGACACCUCUGGCGACAGGAAACUUGCUCAUUCGGCCCACAUGUACCACUACCAGCAUCAGAAACAGCAAAUAAUAGCUAUGGAAAGAAAUGGCUGUGAGCACCGCAAUGGUUCCGUGUCUGACCCCGAAUCUGAGGAAGAGAAUGAAGAAGGAGAUUACACUGUCUAUGAAUGCCCUGGGUUUGCCACGACGGGUGAAAUGGAAGUGAAGAAUCCUCUGUUCUCCGAGGACCCGACCCCGGCUACACCCGGCAAGUGCGAGAUUGUGAAACCUCAGCCCAAAGAUUAAGUGACGCGCGCGCAUUUGUUGCGCACCCUCAUAAAAGCCUGGCGAUCGAUCUUCAUAGUUUGCAAUCUCUUCAGUGUCUGUUUAAUGUACACCCUUCAACGCCAAGGUUACUUAUCCGACAGGAUUAUUACUCACCAUAGUUACAUAGAUCAAUGUAUUCGUACCAAUGAUGUUUAGUGUUGUAGGAAUAGUGUGUUAAUAAAGUGAUGGAAUAUCAGGCAGUCCUAUACGAUGACAGCUUUCCACGUUAUUAACUCACGACUCAGAUUUAUUAGAUUAUUUCGUCGAUUUUAUCUAGACAGUUUGUGUAGGUACCUUCAGUACAAUGUUCAAGUACAGUAAUUAAAUUAAAAAAGUUACAAAAAAAAUAGAUCGCACCAUAAAUGUUUAUUCUCGUUAUAAUGAUAAAGCAGAUAUAUUAAAUGAUUAUAGAAUAUUUUAAGCGCAACACCUAUUGACUUGCUAUUGACUUGUAAUAUAUACUACAAACCCUACGAAUUUAUUUAUUGUUUCAUCUAUAUUAUAUACAGUAUUGUAGUAUAUUAUGUACUGUACCUGCAUUCUGGAUACAUGGUAACACAUGGUAACAGUAAAUCAAGUACCUUCCUAAAAACAUUAGUUUGUUUCAAGCAACCCAUAUCAACUAUACAUAAUCCUACUUAUCUGUGAGACCAAACAAAGUCCAAAUUAUGGCAACUGAACCAACACUCGUGUUCCUUGGUAGUAGGAAUUUUAAUCAUUUUAAAACGAAUGUGGCCUAAACUACGAUUUUACAAUUAUACGUUUUCUAAAUAGAUUGAAACGAAACUAGUUUUUUUAGGAAGGGACAUUUCAACGUCUACUUAUACACUGUCAAUAUGUAUUUGAUGCCUACAUAGUACCCCGAUAAUAUCAAGUUAAAAUAAUUUGUAUGCGUUUUUAAACUUAUCAAAUGCAACGAGGACGACCUACAAUGUCUCUAGGCACAAAGUAAUGAUCGAUGCCAUGCCUAAUUAAGAUGAUACAGGAAUAAAUGUAUAUUUACAUCAUAGUGAUUAUUAUAAAACCGUUUGCAUUGUAAAUAAGGUCAAUUUGCUUUAUUUAAAUAUCUAAUAUAUUUUACAAUUUUAUCUUGUUGAACCAUAUAGUAUUAAUAUUUAUAUUCAUUAUAUAAUUGAAAAUGCCAAGAUUUUAACCCAACUAUUGACCAGAAGCAUUCCUUUGCAUAUACCUGAACAAGUUACACCUACAUAUCUUCUACAAGUUUACCUAUGUACCUACUAUUGCCUAGAAGUUUAUUAUAAUAUGGAAUAAGUAAUAUUUAUUAGCUAUUACUAAAGAAAUCAUGUAUUAUAUACAACCGAUACAACACAGAAACCUCACCGUAGGAGUUAAUGUACUUACUGUUCAUCGUAAGCAUGACAGUUCUACAUUAUAAGUAUUAUAAAUUACCUAAUUAUAAAUCUAGAUAUCACUGUGUAACCUAAAGUAGAAAAAUCUUACAGAUUAAUAUUUUGGUAUUGUUGUUAUAUAUAUGUAAAUGGAAAGGCCUGGCAAGGAGUGUGUGCUGUAGAACUGCGUAGCGAUGCUGUGACGACAUUGAGAAUGCUCUAUUGCUGAGACCAUCUAUUAGAACAAAUAAUAUUGUACCAAAACUAUACUGCCAAUAUCACAAAUAUCUUUAUAAGAGCAUGUAAGAACAAUUAGAUAGGAAAUUGAAUUGCCCCAAACGAUUGAAUUUAAUUUGAAGCUCUACUAUCUCUGCAGAGCAUAUUUCCAAUCUCAUUUGGUCUAUAAAAUAAAUGUUAUUUGUUAAUCAUGUUAGAUGAUCAGAGACAUAUAUUUAUUAUUCUCUUUCUGAGGACUUGUAUUUGUUAGACUAGUAAAGACAUAUAUAUCAAUUAUUCCUAACAUAUAAAUGGAUGUUAAAUUAAUUGUCGUUAUCAUAUUAAUCAUUUAAUCUUGUAGCCAGUCGUAUUUUGCGUAUUUAUUAUAAAAUUAUAUCGAGCAGGUAUGACCUGGGUGUAUCGAGUUAUUUUUCGAAUGUUUUAUGUAACCUAUGUAUGUUAUCUGUCAAUUGUGAUUGACUGAAUAUCUCGCCGUGCCAUGCAUCUUAUUGCCAGGAAGCGUAAAAGCUGAACUAAAGGAUUGCGUUUCAAAAGAAGAAAAAUGUGCUAUUUGGUUGGAAUAUCGAAUAUGUGAAUUAUAUAUAUUUUCUUCGCUUUUAUUGUAUUCACGAUGAAUAAUCAUAAUUAAUAUUUCACUUGCCGAUUAAUAUUUACUGAGUAUCGAAUUAAGUAGGCAUAGUGAUGUACUGAGCGUUGUUGUUUCCCUGAAUGUAUCAAUAGUUAUUAAGAUAACUACUUACUUAAACUUGGCAAAAGUAUCAACACUUAAAAUACUGUAGUAGCAACGUUUGACUCACUGUUAUUCAAAUAUUUACAAUAGAAUAUAAUAUAUUAUAGUAUUUCAAAAUUUAUCUGUGUAUCUAUUAAUGUGUAUUAACCAGUCCCGAAAACAUAUGUAUUUAGUUAUAAAUUGAUUAAUGUGAUAUAUUUCAUCAUUAUAUAUAUGUAUACAAUGCAAGUAUUGUUAUUAAUUCACCCUAACACUUACCCACUACAUGAAAAAAUCGGUAACUACAUCUACAAAGACUAAUUAACUAUAAUUUACAUUAGAAAUUACCCUAAAAUAUUGUCAUAGCUAAAUGUAAAUAUCCUUUCUGAUU